AUGGCAGACCGCGUCAAAACAGUCGCAAAAUCCGAGGUCCAGCAUCUCUCCUCCCUCACUCUCCGAGCCCUUAAGUCAGGCGCAUAUCUCUAUCCAUUCAAAGGAAUAAUAUACAUUCUCUCCCACCGCACUCUGUGGGCCCCUCUGCGGUCGCGCCUCAUGCCCACUCUAGCCCUAGGUGUGAGCAUAACAACAGCGUUGUUUUUGCUGACUUACAUCCCCCAAAUGACACUGUUGGCAUUGACAUCCGGACCAUUUGUGGCGCCCAUAUCAGCUGCAUUGCUCGUCAUCAACGAGGCGUCUGCAAUCACCGGGUUUCUGGCGUCUCGGAACAUGUUUUUCGGACUGGGACAAUCGUCCUCGUCGACGUCGUCGCUGACGCUAGAUGCGUUCGAUGCUACGCUGAUGCUCAAGGGCCAUGAGAAACUCGUUUCUGGUGGCCGUGAGAUCAAGCUGCCCUCGAGAGCGGGUAAUGUGCUCACCCGACUGGGCGGUUUGGUAGGAAUGAGUAAACGCAACUCCUUCAAUUCGAGUGGCUCAACGCUCGAUAGCCUCAUUCGCUCUUUACUCUAUUUGCCACUCAACUUCAUCCCCGUCGUUGGCACGUUCGCCUUCCUCGCACUAAAGGGGAAGAGAAUGGGCCGCAAUGCGCUGGAUAGAUAUUUUGAGUUGAAAGGUUAUUCCGCUAGCGAAAGGGAGGAGUGGUUGAAAGCCCAUGAAGGGGAUUAUAUUAGUUUUGGGGUUGCGUCUUCAGUCCUGGAAAUGGUGCCGUUUGCAUCUUUUAUUUUUACGUGCACGAAUUCUGUGGGCGCAGCGUUGUGGGCUUCGAAUGUUGAGUCGAGGGCGAGGAUGGAGUCGGGUUUGAGCGAGCACAGUAAGAAGGCUGCGUAG